AUGUUUCAGAAACUGGAGGACAGCUUCAGUGAGAAACUACAGGCAGUGAAUGCGGACGUGCAACAGCUCGGAGCCAGAGUGCAAGACCUGGAGGAAGAGACAGAGAACAUUAACAAACAAUGGGCUGAAGCCUACACCACCCAGGAGACACACGCAGAAGCAACAAGGUACCUACAAAGGAGGCUGGAAGAUGUAGAUAACCGGGGGCGCCAAAACAACCUACGGGUGAGGGGCAUUCCGGAAAGUGCUGAGGGUGUCACAGAAAACCCCAUACAGGUCCUCACCACCCUCUUUAAUCGCAUCCUACCCAGACCUAAUGACACAGCCAUCACAUUUGACAGGGCUCACAGGGCCGCUAGGCCCAGAAAUCUACCUCCUGAUAGGCCACGAGACCUUAUCUGCUGCAUCCACAACUUCCUCUUAAAGGAGGAAAUUUUCCGUAAAGCCCGCCAAAACAAAGAUCUAACAGUAGAUGGCCAAUUGGUGACAGUAUUUCAGGACCUGGCACCAUCCACAUUACAAGCAAG